GCCCUGCGUUGGUCGCUGCCGGGACAUGGCGACUGCCGGCGUCGGGGCCUCGAGCUGAGCAGCCACAGCCAACCGCCCCGAGCCAACGGCUAACGUUCGGUUGCUGCCGCCACCGCUGGCGUGCGUGCGUCGUGCGUACGUCGUGCGGGCCGCGAGCCUGCGAGGCCGGGCUGGGCCGGGCCGGGCCGCCGCCGGAGGAACCGGGAGGAGCCAGGAAGCUCGCGACGGAGUCGAGCGAGUCAGUGCCGGGCACAUGGCGUCCAUCUUACUGAGGAGCUGCUGCGGACGCGGGGCCGUCCGCCUCGCCCGGCCCCACGCCGUUCCCGCCGCCGUCAUCUCUAGGGGUAGUCUGGGAGACCGUGCUUGUCUUAGUUGUACAUCUCUGAGGUUGAUAAACCACACGAAUAUUAAGUUUGGUUGUUGCACUCAUGUCCACCCUGUUUACAUUUCCUUCAAAAGUGAUCACUUAAAUCGUUGGACUAAAAGAUCCGAACAAACAUAUAUGGUAAUAAGAUCUCCUGAAUCAUGGACGCCUCUUUCCAGUUUUCGCUCUCUGGAGCCUCCAUACAUUUCUGUGCGGUGCUUGCAUUCUUCUUGUCCCCUUCGAGAUGACUCAGUAGUGGAAAAGUCCCUGAAGUCUAUUAAGGAUAAAAAUAAGAAGCUUGAAGAAGGUGGGCCUGUCUACAGCCCUACUGUAGAGGCACCUGUGAAGAAAUCACUUGUUCAGAAGGUUGUGGAUGAAUUGAAGCACUACUAUCAUGGCUUUCGGUUGUUGUGGAUUGACACAAAGAUUGCCGCAAGGACACUUUGGCGAAUUCUCCAUGGUAGCACCUUAUCUCGGAGGGAGCGCAGACAGUUUCUUCGGAUAUGUGCUGAUCUCUUUCGCCUGGUCCCUUUCCUAGUCUUUGUUGUGGUCCCAUUCAUGGAGUUCCUGCUUCCGAUUGCUGUUAAGCUCUUCCCAAAUAUGUUACCGUCAACAUUUGAGACGCAAUCCAUAAAGGAGGAGAGAUUGAAGAAAGAAUUGAGAGUAAAACUUGAAGUGGCUAAAUUUCUUCAAGACACAAUUGAGGAAAUGGCCUUAAAAAACAAAGCUGCUAAAGGAAGUGCUACAGAAGACUUUUCAAAAUUUUUUCAAAAGAUACGAGAGACAGGAGAGAGACCUACCAAUGAGGAGAUCCUGCGCUUCUCCAAACUGUUUGAAGAUGAGCUGACACUGGACAACCUGACCCGGCCACAGCUGGUGGCCCUCUGCAGACUGCUGGAGCUUCAGUCGAUCGGGACAAACAACUUUUUGCGCUUUCAAUUGAUCAUGAGACUGCGGUCAAUGAAAGCAGAUGACAAGCUUAUUGCUGAGGAAGGAGUAGAUACUCUGAAUGUCAAGGAAUUACAGGCUGCUUGUCGGGCACGAGGUAUGAGGGCUUUGGGAGUCACAGAAGAACGUCUCAGGGAACAACUUAAACAGUGGUUAGACCUACAUCUGAACCAAGAAAUCCCUACUUCAUUACUUCUCUUAUCCAGAGCUAUGUAUCUUCCUGAUACCCUGUCCCCAGCUGAUCAGCUCAAAACAACCUUGCAGACUCUGCCAGAGAGUGCAGCCAAAGAAGCCAAAGUCAAAGCUGCCGAGGUUGAAGGUGAGAAAAUUGAUAAUAAAGCUAAACUGGAAGCCACUCUGAUGGAAGAAGCAGCCAUUAGACGAGAAAACGAAGAGAAGGAGGAGCAGGAAAGGCUGACUGAAGCUGCUGAGAAGGCCAGGGAAAUUCUCCAGGAGGACACAGCUGGAAAGAAAGAAGCCGAGUUGGUUCCGGAGGUCCUUCAGCAGGGAAGAACAACUCCUGCAUCCCAAGAUCUGGAGCCAGAGGUCACCAAGGUGCCAUUGAAAUCAGAGGUUCUGAUUGACACUGCCCCAGUCUUAGAAGGCCUGAAGGGAGAAGAAAUAACCAAGGAAGAAAUUGACCUGCUUAGCGAUGCUUGUACUAAACUGAAGGAACAGAAGAAAUCCUUAACCAAAGAGAAGGAGGAGCUCAAGUUGCUGAAAGAUGAUGUUCAGGAAUAUAAAGAGGAUUUGCAAGAGAUCAAAAAGGAGUUUUCCAAGACUGGUCAAGAAGAGAUUAUAGAAGAAUCUAAAGCAAGCAAGAGAUUGUCCAAGAGGGUGAACCAGAUGAUUGGACAGAUAGGAAAAAUACUUCAUGAAUUAGAGAAUGAUCAAACGGCAGCAGCAGGGAAAAUGGAGAGUAGUAAUGCCAUUGCUACUGGAUUGGGUUUCCCCCUUAGGGAAAAUGUCAUCACCAUCGGUGAGCUUAUAAAUGUGAUGAAACAACUUGAGCAGAUUCCAGAGAGCAAAUUGAUGAAGUUGGCUACUGCCUUGGAUGGAAACAAGGAUGGCAAGAUUAAUAUAGAUGAUGUUGCCAAGGUCAUUGAGCUGAUUGACAAAGAAGACAUCGACAUCUCCACGGGUCAGGUUACUGAGAUUGUGGCAUUGCUUCAAAAGGAAGAGAAGGUGGAAGAGAAGGAGAAGGCCAAGGAAAAGGCUGAGAAAGAAGCUGCAGAAAUAAAAAUUUAAGCCUCAGCCUGUAAUACAGUUGGAACUUGGGAGAGGCAGCUUGUGCGCCUGGCGGGCACAUGAUACACGCCUCCUCCUCAUGCUUGUCUCUGUGGUGGUGAGAAUUAGUGAUCUUGCUUUGAGGCGAUGCUAGUGGCAAAGCAGCUAUUUUUCUGGAAUAAAGCAGACACUUCCAUGAUCAAAUAAGUAAUUUUCUAUCAUUCCAUGAAGAGGAGAACAAUCUGGACCCUCCUCCCCCUUUUCUUCCCGUGAAAUCAUGUAUUGGUCCACAUCCCUGUGGGGUCAUGAUUCCAUCAACUAGCUUAUCUACACCAUACAAAUCAUGGCCGCUGGUAGUGUACAUGCCAUGUACACUUACAGUUAGGUGUACCCUAAACAGCUGAGUAAUGAUGGUUGAUUGAAAAGAGAGGAAGGUGGGGCAGAAAGUGUCCAGUUCCAUCUUUCCUACUUUGGGGGGGGGAAAAAUUCAGGUGAUUCCUUCUCUUCCCCCCCCCCCCAAUCUAAAAUGCUAUUUCCCCACAAAUGAGUUAGACUCACUCUUUUGUUUUCCCAGGUGAUCUCUUUCAUAUGUUUAAAAACAAAGCUAAAUUCAUUCAAAUUCCCACCCUCCAGAUAGGGAGAGGCCAGUGUUUCACUUCUUGUUGGGUCAAUUUAAAGGUUUGGAUUUGUUUUUGAAGCUGUUUAAGAUAAGUGAUUUUUCCCCCCCUUUCUGUUAUUCUUUUUUGUUUGCCCUAGCAGUCUUUAGAUUGGGCAGGUAUAUUUCUAGGGAUAUAUUCACAUUCAUUUGAAUGAAAACUUGAUUUUUUUUUUAAAGGAGAUUUAAAUAAAUGUAUGAAUGUAUACCCCAGAAAUAAAAUGUAAUUCAGAUCUAUCAGAAUAGACUACCACCAGCAUAAAAAUGUAAUUAUUAAGGAAAUUGUUUAUUUUCUUCUUUAAUUAAUGUAUGAAUAAUAAUGAUAUCUGACCACUUAAAAUUUUUUUUAAAUGCCUGCAUAUUGUGUGUCAGAGAAUGAUUUCUUUUGGGGGCAUGGGGAGUGGUUUUCAUCCUAGUGAUAACAUUCUUAACCAGUUCACAUCCCUAGCCUUGUAUAUCUGUUUUAAAAUUAUCUUGUGUCAAUUAUACUUUGGAAAAAAUGAAUGAAAUAGGUGAAUGUUGGCAACUAGUGUAUCUGAAUUUAUUGUACCAAAUUAUUUUAUUCUCUGAAAUGUUUCAUAUUUGAGAAAAUAAUUGCUUUUUAGGGGUUUUUGAAUGAGUAGGUUUCUCGGUUGUCCCAUUUUCAGGUUUUAUCUUAAUAGAACAGAAUAUAUUUCAGUAUGCUUUUAGUUUUAUAAUAUUUCUCAUAAAUUUGGGGUUGCCCUCUUUAAAGCUAUUUUUUUUAAGCUAUUAUUUUAAGCCCCGUGAUUCAUGCUCUUUAUCACCAAGCAUUUCCUAUCUCAAUAAUAUUUAUGCUAUGGGAAAAAAAUCUAAGCACUCCCCUUGAAUUGGUUAGCAUUUCCAUUUUUAAUCCCAAAGUCACUUAGAUGAUUUGAUAAAAUUUAAAUAUUUUAAAUGAAUUAUUAGGAGAGUUGGUGGUGCAAAGUUUAGUUUGAUGAUCACCACUUACAUGAUGGACCAUAGUAUUUUCUUUGAAGUUGUCUACCUAGCAGCAAGUCAGAUGCUUUGCUGCCACUGGGUGUUUUUUCUUUUGUUGAGGGUUUUCAAAAAAUUAUUUUUAGACUCAUUUGUCAUGAGUAAUGAGAUGUUAGAUGUCUUGAGAAUGACUAAAGCUAUAACUAUUUGUAAAUUUUGUGCAUUUGGCAGAUGAUAAAGAAUUAUAGAAUGGGUUUUUGAAAUACUUGUACUGUAUUUUGAAACUGGGCAUUUUCAAACUGCUGUUAGUAAGGGUGAGUUAUAGCCGCCUUGAUAAAGUUAGGUGGUCUGGUUGUUUGAUUUGGCUAUGUGUCAUAUAAACUUGCCGUCCAGUUCUGAAAGCAAGAGUAGUUUUAAAAAUCUAUAUUAAAGCAAAACUUUAGAACAGUGUUUUUUUGUGCAUUAAAAUAUGAAUUGGAAAACUUAUUUUUUUCCACAUUUAUAUCACCCCUAAAGCAGCUUUUAUUUAAUAAUAAUAGCCGUGCCAAAUCCUGAAAUCAGCCCAUAAUUAUGGUUUUUGGGUGUAUAUUUUGGGCAAAAAUCUUAACUCAAUGGGAUGUCUUUAAUAUGUCAUCUAAAUAUAGGAAUAUAAAAAUAUAGGAAUAAAAUAACUCCUGUAGCUAAAUAUAGACAGGAAAUAUAACAACUUGGUGAAUAGGUUCUAAAUUGCUUUCAGUGUUUUACUUAGUGGUUACAUGGCAGCUUAAAAAGCAGUAAAAGGAUUGUAUGUUCUACCUUGGUGAGAGAAUAGUUCUAUUCAAAAGUAUUCAUUUUUCCUAUCUGAAAUGACAUGGUUGGAUACUUUAAUAUUUAUGAGUCAUUUUAGACCAGUUAUUUUAAUCAGAUUUUCAAUGGCAAAAGACUGUAUACUACUUUAGGAUUGCCAAAUAUAUCAUUGUUCAUCUUGGAGUUUUCAUUUGUGAGAGACAUUUUCUUGUAUGGGACAUAGAUAAAAAGUGAGUGAAAUCCAUAGAUGGCUUAAUAUGUUAAUCAUAUCAAGAAAGGGGGCCCCUGGCUGAUCAUCCCUUGGGCUUUUGUUUGUGAUUAGAGAAACAGCAAGCAAAGUGACUAAACUAUGGGGCUGUAAUUCAAGUGACUUUUUUUUUUAAAGCAGAAUUUAAAGCGGGAUGAGCCUGUUAAUUGCAAAUGGACUCUAAAUACCCCAGAGUUGAUUAAAUUUGAUUAGGAAAACUACUAUCUCUGUAAGAGUUAUGUCAUUUUAAAACUUGUUUGCCACGGUCUUCAUCUUUGCACCCUGACCUUUAAGACCAUUCCUAAAUCUUCAUUUGACAAAAGGCAGGCUACGUUCUGUAUAAGGAACCAUAGACUAUAAAGCCUUAAGGGGACAUUGGCACACAUCUAAACAAGUCCCUCAUUUUACAGAUGAAGAAAGAAAAAGCCCAGAAAAGGGGAAGGAGUGAUUCGCCUAAGGCCACAAGCCUGUCAGGAGAGCUGAGAUGAGAACCUAGGUGCCAGCUUGUACUACAGCUGCCAGUUAUAAUUCCCUUUUCUUCCUUCCUCCCAGCCUCCCUUCUUGUUAUGCCUCCUGGUAUUUUACAGAUUUGACCAUUGGAUUCUCAUUUACAGCUGCAGCUGCCUGUCUGUCACUUUGUUAGAGCAUCAGAGAUUUAGGAAGGACUUACUUUGAGUUCACUAAAAGGAUCUCAUCCAUAUUUUACCUUGCCCUGUGUUAAGCAUUGCUCCAUUUUUGUAUGUGCACUGGCUGUUGGCCUCGUUUAUAAAUCUCAUCACAUAAUACGAGAGAGUGAGUGACAGACUUGGAACCAGACAAUAGAUUAGAUGGGUUUUUAGCCUGGCACGAGUGCAAUAGCAACAAAUCUUUUUCCAAAUUAAGAUCCUUGGGGUUUUUAAAUGUAUAAAAAUGUCAGUUUUAGUAAAUUUGUAAUGGUUUGACACCAUAUCUAUUGGUUAUUUUUAUUUUUUGUGUGCAUGUGUGUUGAGGGAGGGAGGGAACUGUGUUGAAUUUUAUUUAUUGCUGCUUAAAUAAAUCACCAGGCACAAUCCAGAGAUAUGGUGGAUCCAAGAAUCCAAAGUUUUUGUAAUGCGGUAGCAAAAGGGAUGAAUUAUGAUAGGAAAUUUGAGGUUUUAUAACUGAUAAAAAGUAACUGUCAUGAAUUAUCAUUGUCAGAAUCUACCGCGUUUUCAGGAGUUUGUACAAACCCUUCUGGCUUGCACAAAGCUGAGAUAGAUCUCUAAGGAGAGCUUGAAUGGGUUUUUUUUAAGCAGAUGUAAAAUAUGUACCUUUCCUUUUCCCCCAUUGCCCAAUCUAUGUUUAUAGGAAUUUUAAAAAUUGGCAUGAUUCCAAGUGCCAUUUUGGACAGUCCAACUCCAGAUGCUGCUUUUGAGAAGGGAAAGUUAUCUGGCUAUUUUUGGAAAAUAGUCCAUAGGCUAUACCUAAGCAUUUUAGGACCGUUUUUAAAAAUUAAUAAGCAUAUUUAUGUUAAUGUAUCAACUCAAAAUGACAGGCUUCUGAACUUUAAUCUAGUAAAAGGAAAUAUAUCAAAGUGAUUUAAAAUAUCUGCCUUCAUGGUUCAGAGCUAUAUUGUUUGUGUGUGUCUGUGUGUAUGUGUAUUUUUCAAAGUGGAAAUAAAGUUGUCUUAAGUACUGAAACAAUUAAGUAAAAUGGCCUUGAGGUUUGAGAUUUUAAAAAACUAUCCCUAUAUAAGGGAAUGAGUUGAAUUAAGGAUAUACUUGCAGCCUUAACUCCAGUGCCUAGCACAGUACUUUGCAUACAAUAGGCGCUCAGUAAGUGUUUAUCAAAUUGAAUUUCUUGGCUUUUUGUCAGUAAGACAACCAUUUUUAUUUAGUAUGUAUGAGUGACUUAUUUCUCACAAGCAUGACUAAAAUCAAAGUAACCAGAGCCCUAGACUUUUGAAAUUCCUCCCUCUCUUAAAUUUAAUUUACAUCAGAGUUCAGAGACCUUUGGAUCCACCAUUAUCUUACUGAUAGAAAUGCACUGAUAAUGUAAAACAUAAUUUAAGUGAUACAAUGUCAUACAUUUUUACUGUGUAUUUUAAAGAAAUAUCAAUAGUCCAGUUUCUUUGUAUGACUUUGAGAAGAAACAUGCUAAUAUGUUUUUUGGACACAUUAAAUUUGAUGUAAGGAAAAAAAUAUAUAUAUAAUAAAGGGAUGUCAAUUA